AUGUGUCAAUUAAUUUGGGAUUGAGAAAAUACGAUACAUCAGAGUGACAUAGUCCAUAAAAGUUAGUUAUAAGCAAGCCGUGAGCAGAUUCUGAACAAAAGUUUUAAUUUUUUUAUUUUGAGAGGAAGAAUCGGACCAGAUUUGUGAUGCUGCAAAUUAGGAAUAUCACUUUUACCCCCACCCAAAAUUGUCCAGAUAAAUGAUUUACUUCCUAAAUUAUCCAAAUCUUGUGCUUUCAUUCCCUAAACAGCUGAACCCAUGAAGUAAAUAACCAAAUUAUUUAAGGAGCAAUCCAAAAUCCUUCUCUAAUCUUGCAACAACCCAAUAUAUCUCUCAGUUUCUACUAGAAAAAUCAAGAUGUGAUCAUUUUGCAUUUGAUUUUAUUAUAUCAAAGUUUUCAUUUUUAAUAUGGCCGCUUCUGGAAAAAAGGUUCUUGCAAUGUCUGGCAAUGGUGAAAAUGGGGAUGAUCCAAUAUCAAAUACCCAUUUUUCAUUUGGUCAAUUGUUAGACUUGGGUGUUAUUAAUCAAUAUGGGCAGUUGCUUGGUGAAUAUAGCAGAUUGGAUGAAGAACUCUGGCUUUCGAAACCCGAGCCUGAUGAUGUAGUGGAUAAUCUGGAUAGAAGCGAUGAUGGGGUUAAUCAUUUUGCAACUUCUCCUUCAGAAUUUGUAGACAAGACUGUCUGUGAUGGAGGUAUGGCAACUGUGAAAGAAAAGUUGACCUCCUUGAAGGAUUGUUCUCAGAAUCUGUCAAGCCCAAUUUCAGUUUUCCAAACGAAGAGCUCAUACUCAGAUGACAUAACUACAAUAUGUUCUCAAAGCAAAUGCCUUCCACCCACUAAACACAAAUUUUCAGGAAGCCUUCAGUUUUUGGGCACCACUAUGUCUACUAGAGAGCAACGGUGUGGGCUUCAAUCUGAAUCAGAGUACUCUAUGGAGUCCUUAUCAGAUGAAAAUGAAGAGUCUAUUCCAUCCAAAUCGGUACGGACUAGGAAAAUUAGUGAUUUACUUGACUUGGAUUAUGACCCCGCAAUCAAGAAAUGCAUGCAUUGCGAAACAACAGAUACCCCGCAGUGGAGAACAGGGCCCUUAGGACGAGGAACCCUCUGUAAUGCGUGUGGAGUUCAGUAUAAACAGGGUAGGCUUUUUAGCGUCUACCGUCCUUUAAGGAGUCCGGCAUUUGAUCCUUCUUUACACUCCAAUUUGCCCAAGAAAGUCCACGAGAUGAGAAAAGGUAGCUCAAAUGAAGGGGAUCCAAAUCCUCCUACUCCUAAACCCAAAAAAAAGAAAGUUGAGGAAAUGAGGAUGAGUAACAAAAGUGAGAGGGAUCCAAGCCCGACUCCUAAACCCAAGAAAGUUGUGCCUACUCCUGAACUCAAGAAAGUUGAGGAGAUGAGGAUGGGUAACUAUAGUGAGAUGGCUCGGAACCUUUCUUUUGAACAAAGAAAAGCCGAGGAGAUGAAGAAGGGUAACAAUAGUGACAUGGCCCGGGACCUUUCUUUUGAACAAAGAAAAGCCGAGGAGAUGAUCUUGGGGAACGAGAAUGAAAGAUAUCAGAACCGUGCCCAUAGAGCAAAGAAAUUUGAGGAGAUGAGAGAGAAGGCUAGCAAUGUAGUUCAAUCAGAUUCUAGAAAGAGGAACCGGGAGUUUGAUUCUUAUCCGACUGUAAAACGCAAACUAGCGAGAAAAGUGGCCAAGAAGUGCCUACAUUGUGAAUCAACAGAGACCCCGCAAUGGAGGGAAGGGCCCAUGGGACGAAAGACACUUUGCAAUGCAUGUGGCGUCCAAUACAAAGCUGGUAGACUAUUUCCUGAGUACCGUCCUUUAAAAAGUCCUACUUAUAAUCCGUCUUUGCACUCCCAUUUACCCAAGAAGGUCCUAAAGAUGAGAAUGAGCAGUUCUGAGAAUUGUGCAACUUCUGGCAACCAUGAAAAGCCAGCUUGAGUUUAACUUCUUAAGCAAUUUUCUCGCAGAAUGUAUAUGGUACUGUUCGCCUCUGCUAGUUCCCCGCAACUCACAGCUUCUUGUGCUCAGUAUCCCCCUUUCUCUGUUUUUAUGUACACAUUACAAUAUGAUAGCUGGAUAGGAAUGCCUGUUAGCCGCUAAAAAUAGCUCAAGUUUGCGGGUUGAGCUGGCUAAUUACAAGGGAAGAAAUAGAGUAAAGAGUCAUUGAAUACUCUGAACCACAUGUUAUCUUUUUGGAUUUUCAUAGCUGGUGUCCCUUUUAGAAUCUGUCUCCUAGUUAUUUCAUUCUAUGUAUAGUGUAAUCUUAAAGCAGGUAGUAUUGAUUUCUUUGGUACAAUAUGAUUAUGUGAAGCAGUUAAUUUUGA